GUUUUGAAAUGAGUAGAGAGAGAGGAAAAACUGAAAAUCCGUUACGGGUUGGAGAUAGAGGACAGUGGGCCAGUAAGACAGAAUAUGUUUUAGUUGUUGCAGGGAAUGUAGUGGGCCUGGGCAACGUGUGGAGAUUUCCCUAUCUUUGCUACAAGAAUGGAGGAGGUGCCUUUUUGGUGCCAUAUACCCUGCUGGCAGUGAUGUGUGGCAUACCUCUUUUCCUAAUGGAGACUUCAUUCGGCCAGUACACCCAGGAAGGAUUCCUCAGCUGCUGGAGAAAACUCUGUCCAUUAGCACAAGGAAUUGGUUAUGGGUUUUUAAUGAUGAAACUCUAUGAGUUGAUAUAUAUAUUGGUCCAAGUCUGGGCACUCUUCUACCUGGUUUCCUCAUUCAGAUCCCAACUACCCUGGGCAAGCUGUGACAAUCCGUGGAACACAGUUAACUGUCUCGGACUUCAGUCUUUUAAUUCAUCUAAUGUCACUGCAACUCAUCACAACACCACAUCUGCUGCAACGGAGUUCUGGGAAAAUCGCGUAUUGAACCUAUCUUCAGGUAUUCAUGAUUUGGGCAGCCUGAGCUGGGAGCUUGUUUUGUGUCUUCUGGUCAGCUGGAUUUUAUGUUACUUCAGUAUUUGGAAAGGCAUCAGAUCUUCUGGAAAGGUUGCAUACUUUACAGCCACCUUUCCUUAUGUGAUGCUCUUCGUCCUCCUGAUCAGAGGAUUGACUUUGCCUGGAGCUUGGGAAGGGAUUUAUUUCUACCUGUAUCCAGACCUUAAACGGCUGGCUAACUUUGAGGUCUGGAUGGAGGCAUCAUCACAGAUCUUCUUCUCCUACAGCCUGGUUAUUGGAACUCUGAGUGUUCUGGGAAGCUACAAUCACUACAACAACAACUGCUACAAGGACUGUUUCUGGCUCUGCCUGCUGAACAGUGUUACCAGCUUCAUAGCUGGGUUUGUGGUUUUCUCUGUUCUGGGAUACAUGGCUCAAAAACAGGGUGUGACUGUUGACAGUGUGGCUGAAUCAGGUCCAGGUCUGGCCUUCAUUGCUUACCCUCAGGCUACAGCUAUGAUGCCUUUUCCACAUUUCUGGACUGUUUGCUUUUUCCUGAUGCUGAUUUUACUCAGUGUUGAUACACAUUUUGUGACGGUGGAGAGUGUGAUCACUUCAGUCUGCGACUUAUCUCCAGAUUUUUUUCAUGUCCCAAGAAGACGUGAGAUCUUUGUCCUCAUCCUCUGUUCAUCCUUUUUUCUCUUACAUUUGCCUUUGGUCACUCAGGGAGGACUUUACAUAUUCCAGCUUAUUGAUUACUAUGCUUGCACCAGAGCAUGUCAGGAUUUUAUGAGUGUAUGCCAAUGCCUUGCUGUGGCCUGGCUAUUCGGAAGUGAUCGCCUUUUAAGUAUAAUUGAAGACAUGACGGGACACCGACCAUCUUUUUUCUUUAAAUUUUGCUGGAAAUUUGUCAUUCCUCUGGUGUCAGCGGUUUCCUUUGUUUUGUAUCUGGUAGAUUAUCAGCACCUGAAGAUAAAUAACUCGUAUGUUUACCCUGACUGGGCGUACGCUCUGGGUUGGAUCAUGUCUAUGUCCUCAGUUCUUAUGGUGCCACUGUGGGCCGCUGGACAGCUUUUUUUCACAGAAGGAACCUUCAGACAGCGUUUGAAUGUGCUUUGCCAACCAGCUGAAGAUCGCCGUGGACAGAAAACCAGGGGAGUCCAGCAGAGCAACUCUGAAGGCUUGAUAUGAACUUCAAAGUCCAACAUAAACCUCUCAUAAUAACAGUCCUGUGAUAAAAGAAAUAUGACCUUUUCUUGUGAAAUGUUAAAGGUUCUUUUAGUUUCUCAAACUAAUCAUGUAUUGUGUCUUAGCAUUGAGUCGGAAAGAUUUGAAUGUGAGAAUGACAUAUUGAUUCUUUCCUGGUAAUGCAAAGUUAAUGCAGCAGAUUUGCUUUUAAGGGAGAUUCUAAUUGGUUUAUGUUGAUCUGAGCUUUUGUAAACCUUUAAUUAUUGAGAUGACAAGUUUUUCAGUCCUAUAGUGGCCUACAUGUUGAAAAUAGAUACUUAUGUAGCUCAAUUAUCUUUGAGUCCUACAAAUAAUAUUUGGAAAAUAGUAAAUUAAAAGCAGUCGGAAAUUUUUGCCUUAUUUCUGCAUUUUAAUGUAUUUUCUUUAGGCUUUCGUUUAAAUGUGAUGUCACACCCUAUAUUCCCCUUACUUGUUGCCAAGCUGCUGCUCCAGUAAAUUACAUCAUAUAAAAUGUAGCUGUUACCAAUCACAGUAGGUCGGAGGUCUUCAACACGGGGUCCGCGACCCCUAGGGGUCAAGAUGUACUGCUUGGGGCUCACAAAAGUUUUGGUUG